GUGUUUUCUCAUUUCCGCUUCCCCUUUCUGAGCCGGCAACAGCAAUUUCAUGAGGACAGAGAGAAAGGUACAACAUGCAAUAUGAUACUUUGUCACUGUCCUCACUCAGGUCCCCAUACCUGGGAAGGGCUUGGCCGGGCUUUGACAACCGCUUCGCCUCACACGCUGCUCUCUACCAGCAGACAGCUCUCAGAAGAACAGCAUUACGUGGCGGGAGGCCCUGAAGUCUGAGCCAGGGCCAUGGAGGGCUCUGUGCUGAGCCCCACGUCCUGGGAGAAGAGGCGGGCCUGGCUCCGGCAGAGCCGCCACUGGCAGACCCAGGUCUUGGAAGAGGAGGCCGGGGCUGUCCUGCAAGAUGUCUCAGAUCCUGAGCCUUCCAGCCUGGAUGACGUUUUCCAGGAAGGGAAUCCGAUCAGUAAGAUUGAAGACUGGCUACAGGACUGCGGGUACUCUGAAGAAGGGUUUUUUGAGGAAACAGGACAGUCAGGCUACAGUGGGUGCCUCAGCCAUGGAACCAGCUUUGAAGAUGAUUUGACCCUAGGAGCAGAGGCCACACUGCUGGCCGCCCAUGGCAAAGUCUUCUCCAGGUGUCUCCUGGAGACAGCCCGGCCCUUCCAGCUACUGGAUCUUGGCUGCAGUUUGGCUUCCAGCAGCAUGACCAGUGGGACCAACAAGACUAGUUCAAGCAUCUCUGAGAUUCUGGACAAGGUGCAAGAAGAUGCAGAAGACAUCCUCUUCAGUCUGGGCUUUGGCCAAGAGGACCACAAGGACAGUUCUCGGAUUCCUGCCCGAUUUUUCACUACCCCUUCUCAGGCCAAAGGCAUUGAUUUCCAACUCUUCCUGAAGGCCCAGGUGCGGAGGGUUGAGACGGAGGACCCUUGCCUCAUGCUGGCCAGCAGGUUUAAGCAGGUGCAAACACUGGCCGUCACUGCUGAUGCCUUCUUCUGUCUCUACUCCUAUGUGUCUAAGACACCUGUCCAAAAGUUCACACCAUCCCACAUGUUCUGGAACUGCAACCCUGAUGUGCCAUCCAUCAAGAUUCUGGCUCCACAACCUGAACCUCUCUCACCCAGAGACCGCCUCCGGAAAGCCAUCUCCAAGAUGUGCCUGUAUACAUGUCCCCGAGAUCGGCUAUCAGCACCCCAUAAUAUCACAAAAAAGAACAGUUUGGACCAAGUGGUAUGGGAAGUGAUGGACAGAGUGAAAGGAGAUAAACUGGUCUUCCAACAAGACCUUGGGUUUGGGCCAGGCUCAGAGGAAGAUCCUGUUCCUCCCACCAGGGACACAAAGCUGCCCACUUCUUCUGGUCCAUGUGCCCUUUGCCAUAAAGAGGAAACACAGCAGGGGAUAUCCACAAUGCAAACACCAUCACAAACUCUGGAUUCGAACCCGGAGGCAACCUGUUGCACACAUUCUUUGCCCAAAGCAGAUCUACAGUGGAGCACAGACCCUGCACAGGUGAAGAGAGAGCUGUGGGGUCUACAGGCCACCAGUAAGGAAGUCCAUUUAGCCAAGGAUGCAACUUUCUGGAAAAGAAAGAGCAGAGCAAGAAAGAGCCUGUUUCAGGAGAAUCCCAUGAGCAGGAUGGUUAAGUCAUUGGACUUGUCCAUCAUCCAGCAGAGCCAAGAGCGCCCAGCACUGCACCCAUCUCUAACCCAGCAGCUGCAGGACACUUGUGACUUGGAGGACAUGAGAGGGUUGGGGGCAGGAGAGAGGCUGGCAGAGAAAGGCUUUGUAUUCUUGCCAUUGGGUAAAGGGAAUCCAGGCUCCCUGUCCUUGCCAGAUAUCCCAAUUCUUGAACUACAUUCAGAAACUUUUGGGAGUAGGUUAAUGGAGAAGGAUUAAUAGGUGUGAUUUCUUAAGAGCAUCCAGGUUUCCAGAACUUUUCUAAUUCCUCAUCUGAUCUGAUCUUCACUGAAGUUUCUCAUCAAGCACACCUGUCUAUCAUUUGUGGGAUCAGCACAAGAGUAUAAAUAGAGGUCGAUUAUACACUAAGCUAAACACUAUGAAAUAAAGUAUGUUCUCUUCUACAUCAAUAAAUAUGUAACCAUAAAGA